AUGAGUACGUCAAUGAUUCAAGAUCAAAAUUUUGCUACAGGAGAUUUCAGUGAAGAUAUAAAGGAGGAGGUCCUAGAUUUGCUUAAGACAAGAACAAUUAGCGAUGUCAAAGAUUAUUUAUUGGAUAUAAACCGUAAAUUAUCGGUUACGGAGGAGGAGUUUAACAAGGAAUUGAAAGUACAUUAUUCUGUUAUCUUACAUGUAAUCCAAAAUAUUUCCUUAUUGCAUAAUGAUCUAAGUAAAACUGACACAGAAUUUAGAGAAUUGUGUUUUAAUGAUAGCCUUUAUCAAAUUAGUAAAUUACCUACAUUUGAACCCAAAAUGUUGUCGGUUGAGCAUCAUGCACUGGACAGUAAUAAUAACAAUAACAAUAACAAUGAUGAUAAAGAUUUACAAAGUGUGACAUUAAGAGUUACUAAUUGGGUCCUGGCUGUAACAACUUUUAUUGAUCGAUUCACUAAUUCUAAUGAUAAUAGAAAUGCUUUCUUUGAAGACAUGAUUACGCGUUCAUUGAAUCUAAGCAAUGAUAAUAAUGAAUCGAUAUUUGUUAGAUAUCAGGACAUUAUCAAAAAUAAAUCUCGAUCUUUACAAGAGUAUAUUGUCGAAUCGUCGAUAGCCCAUAGGAUAAUACUGAACCUCGAACAAAGUAUCGAUGUAUUUAAUCUUUUCCACUCAACAGUGUCUUUUUUCUCGUGGGACAAAUCUUUAACGGAACAGUAUAAUAAUUUAUUGUAUGAUAUGAUACUAGAGGACUACGAUCUUGAAUCGUUGUAUGGUAAUGAAAAUAUGGGCAAUAUCAACACUCCAUCAGUAAGGGAUUUUUUGCAAUCAUCUUUAUUCAAGAAUAAUGUAAUCCAAAGACUAAUUAAUAAUAUAGAGGACCAAUUGACUCAGUUAGAGAUGAGUAGGAACCUAACAUCCGCAGUGGUGGAAACAGCAAAAACAAAUGAAGAACAUGAUAAUGAUUAUGAUGAAGAGGAUGAUAUGGAUGAUGAAAUAUCGACGAUUGUAUAUCAAUCACUCAUGCAAUCUAUGGGUCUUACAUCUGAUCACGAUAUCACCGGGUAUGAUAACACAGAAUUAAUAAUGGACCAAUUAAAAAGCUUAGAGGAUCUAAAUGCAGAUGCAACAAGGGUCCAAAUUUUAAGGGAUAGACUGCUAGCAUAUUUACUAGCAAAACAAAAAUCACUUCCAGAGAAUGAUAAAGUUACACAGCCACAAAACACCGAUGACACAGUACAAGCCAUUUUGGACAAUUACAACAAGACCAAUCUUGAAGAUUUGAUCAGCCAACAAAUAAAGAGACUAUGCAACACAGCAACCAACUAA